GCUCAGGUCCUAUUCUGUGGAUUUACAUAAGGCAGCCAUCAGCCGGCCCACUCAUUACCAUGUUUUAUAUUCCCCAGCUCUCAGAAAGCAUCAUGGCAAAGUAGCUCCAUCCUCCCCUUCAACAGGGAAGUGAAGCAGGUGUCAGCAGCGGUGCAACUCCCCACAGCACCGGACCACUCAGGAAGGAACUUUUUUAAAAACUUUUUACUUUGAUUAAUCCCCCCCUUGUUCCUCCAUCCCUCGUUUCCCCCUGCUCAGGCGCGCACAGCAGCAGGCCUAUAUGUUGACUUUUUAAUGUUCUCUAAAAUGGUAUCGAAGCUGACAUCCCUGCAGCAGGAGCUCCUCAGCGCCCUGCUGGACUCAGGACUCACCAAGGACGUGCUGAUCCAGGCCCUGGACGACCUGGACCCCAGCCCGCCGGGCUUCGGAGUUAAAAUGGAGAGCCUGUCCAUGUCCCCCGGUCCCGGCAAGAUGAGCGGGUCGGACUCCGACUCCAAGCCCGUCUUCCACACGCUCACCAACGGCCACAGCAAGGGCAAGCUGUCCGGGGACGAGGGCUCCGAGGACGGGGACGACUUCGACACGCCACCGAUCCUGAAGGAGCUGCAGUCGCUCAACACGGAGGAGGCCGCAGAGCAGCGGGCGGAGGUGGACCGCAUGUUGUCAGAGGACCCAUGGCGUGCUGCCCGCAUGAUCAAAGGUUACAUGCAGCAGCACAACAUCCCCCAACGGGAGGUGGUGGACAUCACAGGGCUGAACCAGUCUCACCUCUCCCAGCACCUCAACAAAGGCACGCCCAUGAAAACACAGAAGCGAGCGGCCCUCUACACCUGGUAUGUCCGGAAACAGCGGGAAAUACUGCGACAGUUCAACCAGGCAGUGCAAGGUCCUGGCAGCAAUAUGACAGAAAAAGACAAUCAGGAUCCGGUGUUUUUCUUCCCAGAGUUCAACCCUGGUCAGACCAUGGGUCAGGCCGGAGAGGAGGUCGGCAGCGAACCCUCCUGCAAGAAAAUGAGACGUAACCGUUUCAAAUGGGGGCCCGCGUCCCAGCAAAUCCUGUACCAGGCCUACGAGCGACAGAAGAACCCCAGCAAGGAGGAGAGGGAGGCUUUGGUAGAAGAGUGCAACAGAGCGGAGUGUCUUCAGCGAGGGGUCUCCCCGUCCAAAGCGCAGGGACUCGGGUCGAAUCUGGUCACGGAGGUGCGAGUGUACAACUGGUUUGCCAACCGGCGUAAGGAGGAAGCCUUCAGGCAGAAGCUGGCGAUGGACUCCAUCUCCGUACCGAGCCACGGCCACAACCCUCUGCUGUCGCUCAGCUCGCCACAUCACGCCCAGAACAGCGCUUCACCUCCCAUGCGCUACAGCCAAGGCCCCGGUGAGGUCACCUCCUCCACGACCAUCAGUCACCACAGCAGCAACGGCAUGACCUCCAGCCAGUCGGUGCUCCAGCAGGUGUCUCCGGGAGGAAUGGACCACAGCCACAGUCUGCUGUCACCUGACGCCAAGAUGAUUUCGGUCUCAGGCGGAGGACUUCCUCCAGUCAGCACACUCACAAACAUCCACAGUUCCCAUCACAGCCAUCAGCAGACACAGAACCUCAUCAUGCCUCUCUCUGGAGUCAUGGCCAUCGCUCAGAGUUUAAACUCGUCGCAGUCUCAGUCGGUGCCGGUGAUCAACAGCGUGGCGGGCAGCCUGGCAGCGCUGCAGCCGGUCCAGUCCUUCCAGCAGCUCCACAGCCCCCACCAGCAGAGCCUGAUGCAGCACUCACCCAGCCACAUGGGCCAGCAGCCGUUCAUGGCCGUCACCCACUCACACAUGUACUCUCACAAGCAGGAGCCGCCACAAUAUUCCCACCCGUCACGUUUCCCCUCGGCCAUGGUGGUCACGGACGCCAACAGCCUCAGCACCCUCAGCUCCAUGUCCUCCGGAAAGACGGACGCUUCUGUAAACAAGAUGGUGCAGCUCGGGGGUCUCUCCUGGUGUCCUCUUCAAGCUUGGUGAGAGCAUCCUCGACUUCCACGGUGCCCGGCAACCGGAGCGCAUUUUUCCACCCUCUCACCGCGGUAACCAUGACGACUCUUAAUAACCGGCAACGGCGCGCUUCGUGAUGAGUCAGUCGACAAACAAGAGGAGUGACGGCGACGGCGGGCCAGGCGGCGAAAAUGAGAAAUGGGGACAGAGAAGAAAAACAAACAACAACCCCCCCCAAAAAAAAACACAAACCCCAACCCCUCACACUGACCAACCUCACUGGACCUGAGAGUAAAGAGACAGGACCCCCCCC